UCGCCUGCACACGCGCGCCACCUCGUCCUCCUCGCCCCGCCCCCCUCUCGUCUCGCCCCCAUUGCACGGCGCGGGUGGCAGCGAUCGCGCGCGGGGGAGGCCCCUAGACCUAGCUCGGGAGGGGCGCCGACCCAAUGCAGGGACAUGCGUACAGCCGCCUGGGUAGCUUCGGCGCCGCGGCGUUCCCGCCGCCGCCGCCUUCAUCCCCGGGGCCGGCUGGGGCCGGCGCUGGCGGGGGCAGCUGGACGCCCGCGAAGGCGGGUUCGGCGAGGGGCAUCCCGGGGAUCGCGGCCUCAGCAGCGACGGCAGCGCGGGUGGGGGUCGCCCACCGUGGCGGCGGUGUAGCGCGGAGGGUGGCCAGGGCGGUGCUCGCGACACUGCUGCGGCGGCAGGCGGUGUUCCUCUUCGCGCCGCUGCUAUACGUCGCCGCGAUGCUGCUAUACAUGGGAUCGCUCCCGCUCGACGCCGUGCCGCGGAUAAUCGCGCGCCAACCGCUCGGGUCGGUGUACCGCAGCCCGCAACUGUACAGGCGGCUCCGCGCCGACAUGGACGCCGACAACUCCACCGGCGCGCUAGCAACUGUAUGGAGGCACACUUACAUAGGUGGCACAUGGAGGCCCUGCAUAAACAACAUGACAAAUGGUUUACCUGAAUCAAAUGGCUACAUAUACGUUGAGGCAAAUGGCGGUUUAAAUCAACAAAGGACAUCGAUAUGCAAUGCAGUCGCCAUUGCUGGUUUUCUGAAUGCUACUCUUAUCAUUCCAAAUUUUCAUUUCCAUAGCAUUUGGAGGGAUCCUAGCAAAUUCAGUGAUAUCUAUGAUAAAGAUCACUUUGUACAACGUCUACAAAAUGAUGUUCGAGUAGUUGACAAAAUUCCAGAUUUUAUAAUGGAGCAGUUUGGUCAUAAUCUGAGCAAUGUGUUCAAUUUCAAGAUAAAGGCUUGGGCACGCAUUCGAUAUUACAACGAUGUUGUUCUUCCAAAAUUAGUUGAAGAAAGAUUCAUCAGGAUUUCUCCUUUUGCCAAUCGACUCUCAUUUGAUGCACCUUUUGCUGUUCAACGGUUGAGAUGCCUGGCAAACUUUGAAGCCUUAAAAUUUUCUAAACCAAUUGUAUCUUUGUCUGAAACCUUAAUUUCUCGAAUGAGAGAGAGAAGUGUUGAAAGUGAUGGAAAAUAUAUCUCAGUGCAUCUUCGUUUUGAGGAGGAUAUGAUUGCCUUCUCAUGUUGUGUAUAUGAUGGUGGUGAUGAGGAGAAGAAGGAAAUGGAUGCAGCCAGAGAAAUAGGUUGGAGAGGGAAAUUUACUAAGAGAGGACGUGUAAUAAGGCCAGGAAUUAUUAGAAUGAAUGGAAAAUGUCCUCUUACACCUUUGGAGGUUGGGUUAAUGCUUCGUGGAAUGGGUUUCAGCAAUAAGACUGCAAUCUUUUUGGCAUCUGGAAAGAUUUACAAAGCAGAGAAGAACAUGGCUUCUCUUCUUGAAAUGUUUCCUCUCCUACAGACAAAAGAGACACUGGCAUCAGAAGAGGAACUUGCUCCAUUUAAGAAUUUCUCCUCAAGGAUGGCUGCUGUUGACUAUAGUAUUUGUGCCCAAAGUGAAGUUUUUGUGACCACACAAGGUGGAAAUUUCCCGCAUUUUCUUAUGGGUCACAGGAGAUACUUGUAUGGUGGGCAUUCAAAAACAAUUAAACCAGACAAAAGAAGGCUUGCUGUACUCUUGGAUAAUCCACGUAUAGGGUGGAAGGCAUUGAAGCGGCACUUGCUUAAUAUGAGAGCACACAGUGAUGCCAAGGGGAUCGAAAUGAAAAGACCAAACGAAUCUAUAUAUACCUUCCCGUGUCCUGACUGCAUGUGCCGCUUGAACAGAACAGAACACUCGAAAUCCAAACAGAGUAGAUAGUAUCUCGUAGUUGCAUUUCCAGACUAACCCUAUUCUUUCUGACAUCCAGUUUAGUUUGUUCAUUCUUCAUAUGCCGUGCGGCUUUUCAUCACUUCAUCUGCCAGCAUACUUGCCAGUUCUCACAGCAUUGAAAGCAAUCUGUUCUCCCAAUGUAGCGGUUUUUCCCUUGUAUUAUUGUAUAGCAUAUGCUGCUAGAAUGGAAACUCCAGAUUCCUCCGUGGAGUAUUAGACCAAUUUGUGAUGCUAAGUUGCUAACUACAUCAACUGACUAUAAUCCUCAACAACGGAUCUGACUCCAGUAGGAUACUAUCCAUUGUCAAUGAAGUAUCAAAUGGUUUUGGGUGGUAUUACUGUUGUACAUGGUUCAUUAGCAGACUGUCAUCAUGUACAAAUUUUGAAUGGAAGUCAGCCAUUGUAAAAAAAAAUCUCCUCUUGCCCAAAAAUGGGCAUUGUUUACAAUAGCCUCCCUGUAUUCUUUUAGCUAGGUUGUCUGUUCACAAUUCUAAGAAUGAAAGCUGCCCAGUAGAACAUGA